AUGAUAGUUGAUAAGAAUACAAGGAAAAGGAGAAAGCAUGAGACUGAAGAGAGUGUUGAUAAUUAUGAAAUAUCCCUUAAAGUCGAUAGUAUUUUGGAAAAAAUAGAGGAAAUAGGAAUAAAUCAAGAGAAAACCAUCAGAAAGAUUAAAGAUAUUAUAGUGACAGAAUUGAAAGAAUUUAAAACCACAAUGGAGGACAUGAUAGUUAGGACAAUUAAAAAUGAAAUUAAGCUUUUAAAUGAACGAAAUGAUAGACAAAUGCUUAUUACUAAAAAAAUAAGUGAAACAGAGAACUCGUAUGCCAAAGUAGCCCAGAAAUCUAAGUUUGAUAAUAUUGUAGUGGAACCAAAGGAAUCCCAGGACAGUGAAAGGACAAUGCAGCAUCUUAAAAGUAAAAUUGACGUUGGGAAACUUGGAAUAGGAGUAGAUAAAAUAAAGAACGCGCAGAAAGUUAAAAUAAUUGAUGUUGAAGAAGAGAUAGUAUUAAACAUGGACGAAAAGCAAGUCAUUGAAAUGAUAUGUAGUCAAAAUGACAUCAAAGUUGAGGAAGUGAUAACGAUGCGAAUUAAAAAAAUGAUAAAAGGAAAACAACAAGGCUUGAUAAUCAUGGAAACGGACCCUAAAACGCAUAAAACAUUAAUGGAUAAAAAGAAAAUUAAAAUAGGUUGGAACAGGUGCAGAGUGUUCGACUGUAUAAGCAUUGUACGGUGUUAUAAAUGUUGGGGAUACUACCAUUAUGCGAAGGAGUGUAAGAAAGAAAUUAAAUGUAGAGUGUGUGCAGAAAAUCACAGUGAAAAAGAAUGCAAGAACUUAAUAAAAAGAUGUGUUAACUGUGUGAAAAUGGUGGAGGAGUAUAAAGUGAAUGGGGUUAAGAUUGAUCACUGUACGACUGAUGAAUCAUGUGAAUAUUACAAGCGAAUGCAACGAAAAAGUUAUUGGAAGACAGGGGGAUCACAUUUGUUGUUAGUUAAUAUUCAGGGAUUUAUCAGAAACAAAAAUGAACUGGAGAUAUUAGCUAAUGAAAUGAAACCAGAAGUUAUUUGCCUAACGGAGACACAUGUGACAGCGGACAUCGAGGAGCAUGAAAUAAAUAUUGAUAAUUAUAAUCAUGUUAAAAUGUACUCAGAAAAUAAGAGAACGGGAGGAGUUAUAACAUAUAUUAGAAAGGAUAUCAAGUAUGAAAAAGUAGAAAAAGUAGGAAACGUAGUAGUAGAAGAAAACAAUAUCUGGAUGUGCAAUGUUAGGUUAAAAGGUAAAUAUGAUGGUAUCAUUGUUAGUAAUGUCUACCAUUCCCCUAGUCAAAGCAAUGGACAGUUUAUAAAAAGGCUUAGAGAGGAAGCAGAAAAUUUAAUAGAGAAAGGACAGGUUAUAGUGGUUGGUGAUUUUAACAUCGAUGUUAGCAAAAAGACUCAGUACUCUAAAAAACUAUUGAAGGAAAUGAAAAGUUUGGGACUCAAGCAGCGGGUUAAAGAGCAUACGAGAUGUACAAUGAAUUCGAAUACAGUGAUUGAUUUAGUAUUUUCUAAUGUAAAUAUUGAAACAAAUGUACUGACGAGACCAAGAAUUACGGAUCAUUAUAUGGUGGAGGUAGUUAUUCCUAGGAGAAAUAAGACAGCAGGUAAUAAUAAUGAUAAUGCUACUGUCUUCAGGAGGGACUUUAGUAACUAUGAUAGCGAAAAACUAAUGAAGGUGAUUGAUGAAAAAUAUCGAAGUUGGUUGAGUGAGAAGGAAGAUAACAAAGAAAUCCAGACCGAAAACCAGAUGGUGGAGUUGAUAGAGUUAGUAACAGAGAGUAUAAAUGAAAUAGCACCUAAAAAAAAGAGAGUGAUAAAAACUAAGUGGAAUGGCAAACCAUGGUUUAAUAGGGACAUAAAAAGAUUUAUAACCGAUAGGGAUAAAUUUGCUAUGGAGGCUAGAAACAAAAAAUGUGAAGAAAGCUGGAAUAAAUAUCGAAUCAUGAGAAAUCGGGUCGUGGCAGAAAUUAGAAACUCAAAAAAACGAUAUUACGAACAGGAAAUAGAUAAAAAUAAAGGGGAUUCUAAAAAAAUGUGGAACAAGUUGAAGGAAAUAAUUGGUAGUAAAAAAACAGGCAGUAGAGAACGUGAUAUAGUUUUUGAAAAUACAAGUUAUGAGGAUGAAUUGAUAAUCGCUGAAAAAUUCAACAAGUACUUCGUGGAAAGUAUCGAGAAGAUAAUUGAUGAAAUAAAUAUGGAAAACAGGGAGUCUGAGAGUGAUACCGAUGGAAAAGAAUUAAAGAACGUACUGAGUGAAUUUAGACAGGUAGAAGUCAAUGAGAUAGACAAGAUAAUAAAAUGCUUGGAUAUGAAUAAAGGAAGAAGUGAAGAAUUAAAUGCAGAUAUAAUUCAUAAAACAUGGGAGAUAAAUAAAGAGAUAAUCACUAGUAUCAUCAACUGUAGUAUUAAACAGGGUAUUGUACCAAAAAUAUGGAAAAAUUCAGUAAUUCAUCCCAUACUUAAAGUAGCGGGCAGCAGGAAAGCAGAAGACCAUAGACCAGUUAACACGCUUCCGGUGUUAGAAAAAAUACUCGAGGAAAUUGUUAAAAAACAAGUAGAAGAACAUGUUGCUGAGAAUGGCAUACUAGAAGAGGAACAAUCUGGCUUUCGGACAAGACACUCGACUGAGACAACGCUACAGAAAACGAUUAGUGAAUGGAGAGAGAUGUUAGACAAGGGUGAAAUAAUAGGAGUAGUGUUUAUAGACCUUAAGAGAGCCUUUGAGACAAUAGACAGGACAAAAUUGGUUAAAAUACUUGAAAAAUAUGGAAUAAAAGAUAGGGCGCUUGAAUGGAUUAUAUCAUAUCUAAGUGAUCGAACACAACAGGUACAGUUUGGCAAAGUUAAAUCUGAAAAACUGAAAGUGCAAUACGGAGUACCACAAGGAUCAAAGUUAGGACCAUUAUUAUUUACGCUGUAUAUAAAUGAAAUAGUUAAGAUUGCGAAAAAACACGGCUGUGAUUCUUUGAAAGAAUUAGAAAACUGGCUAGGUAAUAAUUCGCUGAAAGUAAAUACUAAGAAAACUGUAUACAUGAUAAUACGAGAUAAAAGAAGAAAAUUAAAUGAUGAGUGUGAUAUUAGGGUAGGAAAUGAAUGUCUAAAAAGAGUGAAAGAAACUAAAUAUUUAGGAGUAGUUUUAGAUGAAAAUUUAACGUUCAGUAAUCAUGCUCAUUAUGUUGCGCAAAAAAGGAAUCACGACAUACAGCCACGAAUACGAAACGAGAAACAGGGAUAA